AUGGGAGUUCCAGCAUUCUUCCGCUGGCUCAGUCGAAAAUAUCCCAGUGUCAUUGUCGAGUGUAUUGAACAGAGGCCAGUCGACGUAGAUGGCCAGUUGGUUUUUGUGGACUCUUCACUUCCCAAUCCCAAUGGAGUGGAGUUUGACAAUCUUUACUUGGACAUGAAUGGUAUAAUUCAUCCAUGUACCCAUCCUGAAGACAAGCCUCCACCUAAAGAUGAGGAUGAGAUGAUGGUGGCUAUUUUCGAGUGUAUUGACAGAUUGUUCCGUAUUGUUCGCCCAAGGAAACUGCUAUACAUGGCAAUUGAUGGAGUUGCACCCAGGGCCAAAAUGAAUCAGCAACGGUCUCGCCGUUUCCGAGCCUCGAAAGAAACGCAGGAGAAAAUUGACGAGGUUGCCCGCAUCAGAUCAGAAUUGCAAGCUAAGGGAGCAUACUUGCCCCCUGAAAGGCCGAAAGAAGCUCACUUUGAUUCUAAUUGUAUUACACCAGGGACACCCUUUAUGGAUAGGCUGAGCAAAUGCUUGCAUUAUUACAUUCAUGAUAGGCUUAACAAUGACCCUGGAUGGAAGGGAAUCAAGGUAAUUUUGUCUGAUGCUAAUGUACCUGGUGAAGGAGAACACAAGAUUAUGGAUUACAUACGUAGACAAAGAGCUCAACCAGAUCAUGAUCCCAACACCCAGCAUGUUCUUUGCGGAGCCGAUGCUGAUCUUAUUAUGUUGGGUUUGGCAACACAUGAACCAAAUUUCACCAUCAUCAGAGAGGAAUUCAAACCAAACAAACCAAGACCAUGUGAUGUCUGUGGACAACUUGGCCAUGAAAUGAAGGAAUGUACUGGAAGCAGCCCUGAAGCAGCAUUAGUCAGGUCUGACCCUGCAUUUGGUAACCAAGACAGCUUCAUAUUUGUGAGACUCAGUGUCCUUCGAGAAUAUUUGGAAAAGGAGUUACAAAUGCCCGGACUCCCGUUUCCCUAUGACUUCGAAAGAGCCCUAGACGAUUGGGUUUUCAUGUGCUUCUUCGUUGGCAAUGACUUUUUACCUCAUCUUCCCAGUUUAGAGAUAAGGGAGGGGGCAGUUGAUCGACUCGUCAAUUUGUAUAAAAAGUGUGUUUAUAAGACUAAGGGCUGGAUAACAGAUUCCGGUGAUGUAAAUCUGGACCGAGUUCAAGUUAUCAUGGAUGAGUUGGGACGUGUAGAAGACGAAAUCUUUAGACGGAGACAUCAGAACGAAGUCAGCUUCAAAGCAAGAGAGAAGGCUAAGAAGCAGCAGAAAAUCAACUUUCAAUUGCUAGAAAAUACACAGUUUGCACCUACAGCUUUAGGAGGGGGCGCAAAGACGGUGCAGAACGCGCGACAGGAAGCCGCUGAAAUACGCCGUGCGGGGAUGCAGGCUGCUAGAGAGGAAGAGACGAAUCGAUCACGGAAACGUAGCGCCGCCCAGGCUGGUCUAGAUGAUGAUGAUGAUGACAAACAUGAUGAGGUGCGUCUCUGGGAGGAAGGAUUCAAGGAAAGGUACUACGAGAGCAAGUUUGAAGUGGACAGGAGUAAUAUGGAAUUUAGAUAUCGCGUAGCCCUACAGUACGUCCGUGGUCUCUGCUGGGUUCUUCGGUACUACUAUCAAGGAUGCGCUUCGUGGAAAUGGUACUUCCCCUACCACUACGCGCCAUUUGCGUCAGACUUCGUCAACAUUUGUGGCCUGAGCACUAAGUUUGAGAAGGGAACUAAACCGUUCAGACCUUUAGAGCAGCUCAUGGGCGUGUUUCCAGCAGCGAGUUCACAGCAUGUGCCACAACCAUGGGCCAAGCUCAUGAGCGAUCCGAACUCAUCCAUUAUAGAUUUCUACCCGAUAGACUUCAAGAUAGAUCUCAAUGGAAAAAAAUUCGCGUGGCAAGGUGUUGCUUUGCUGCCUUUUGUAGACGAAACGAGGCUCUUUAAAGCGCUGGAACCCUAUUACAAAGAUUUGACGCAAGCUGAGAUACAACGCAACAUUCGUGGUCACGAUCGUCUAUAUGUGUCGACCGGUAACAAGAGCUACGAGUUUCUCCUGGGAUUGUACCAGGGUGCUGGUGUGGAAUUGAAGAAGCUGAUAACAUCUGAUCAGCGAUACCCUUACCGCAGUGAGGGAGUAAGAGGGGAUGUGCUGCUUAGUGCUGAUAAUGUUAUAAUAGGGGGGCAACUUCCCUCUCCUGUUGUUGGCCUUGCCCCAGUAUUAGAUAACAGAGCGGUGUGCGUCCGCUACCAAGACCCCGACUUUCCGGAAGACUUUAUAUUCCCCGCGAGGAGACUUCGCGGUGCGACGGAACCUCCGAGGGUCUUGAAGCCAGGAGAUCUUUCACAACAGGAGAACAGGAAUUGGAGACCACAAAUCGGAAUGGUCAGAUCGCACACUGUGGGUAGUUUAGAACGGGCUGGUCACCGAAUGUUGGGUCACCAUCUGCCAAGAGAUAAUUCGUACUCUUCAGUGCCACCUCCUCAACAGCACAAUCGCUCCCAAUCGUACGGACCGAGACGUGGUGGUUACGUUCCACACCAGGACCAAGAUCAGGGAUACAAUCGCCAAAAUUACCAAGGAAACCAAGACAGACCCAGCCAUCAAAGAUACGAGAACAGCGGUAACCGGAACUGGUCGCAGAACCAAGAUAGAUUCGGUAACCAAAAUCGCAACAAUCAGGGCUAUUCGAGUCACAACCAAAAUCAGAGGUACUCAAAUAACCAAGGGUAUAGGAACCAGAACCAACGUGGUGGCCAAAACCAGGGCGGAUGGCGACCCCAAGGCCCUAAUAGGCAUCAGGGCAAUUCGAGUUGGCGCUAA